CACUGCGCAACCCGUAGGCGUAGUCGGCGGAUUUGUAUUCGUUUUCAUUUUCAUUUUCGUCCGUUACGGUUAGUUUGUGGAAUAAUCUUUUAAUUGCAUUCCUCAUUCAUUUGUUUAAAACAUACGCGUUUAAUUUGCAACCCCAUUGUAGUGUGUGCGUGUGUUUUCUUUUUUUACACUUUUUUUUUAUAUUAUUUUGUGCUCUGCGUGCCCAACAAUGAUAAGGCAUAGGCAUUAGUUAUCUUAGUAGGGUAUUUGCAUUUACCUGUAACCAGAAACGCAAAGUCGUUAACGCGAGUGCAACAUUAAGUCUGAAUUGUAUUAGUCACGUUUGGAGCAGCAGCAGCAGCAGCAGCAGCAGCCUUUGAAUCAUCAGCACUGACUGCGACAGCAGCGGUAUUGCCUGCUAACAACAAAAACGACAACAACAGCAACAUGAAUGAAUGAACAAACUGUUUACAUUACUAUGGCAUUACUCAUACCUGACGUAGUACGCACUUGAGCGCCGAUCAUAAGCGUGAUAGUAUCCGAUCUUCUAUUGUCGGUUCUGUGCGCUAAAACAGACCUACGACCUCGAAGUCGGUGCCUGUCGGUGUAGUCUGGUCUGUUGUUCGAUCAGUGCUCGCUCUUCUUGGAUAGAGCCCCGGCAGUGUCAGUUAAAGGCAAAUACAUAUUUCAAAUAAUAGUUUCGAUUGCACGGACUGUCGACAGCUCUGAUAAGAGGGAGCGUGAGCCCAGCCGAUAGGAAGCAGGGGCUUGGUCUAUCCACUCAAUGGCAUCAGCAAAAACACAAGUAAUCACAACUAGUCUCAUAAGAAUUCAAAGAAAGAGGUCUCUUUAACUGUCGCUGAUAGAGUCAGUUAUCCACAAACUGAGGAGUCACUUCCACAUCCUCAUACAAAUACACAAACAAAACGACUUCGCUGGACUUAUCUUGUACUUGGCAUUACAAUAAAAAGUAUGAAGGACAGUGGCGAGGGCAGCGGUGAUCUCGGAGCUGGCUACGAUGACUCCGACCUCAUACCCACAGCGGAUGCAGGCGACGCCAGCGGUUUCUCCCAAUCACUUUUGACAUUCGCGGCCAUCAUGACGUUUCUAAUCAUGAUCGUUGGCAUCUGCGGCAACUUCCUUACCGUUGUCGCUCUGCUGAAAUGUCCCAAGGUGCGGAAUGUAGCAGCAGCCUUUAUAAUAAGCUUGUGCAUCGCCGAUCUUCUUUUCUGUGCACUGGUCCUGCCCUUCCAGGGGUUGCGCUUUGUGCAGGGCACUUGGAAACACGGAGAGGUACUGUGCCGCCUCAUACCUUUCAUCCAAUAUGGCAACAUAGGAGUCUCCUUGCUCUGCAUAGCGAUGAUCACUAUCAACCGAUACGUAAUGAUUACCCAUCACAGCUACUAUGCGCGCAUCUACAAGCGACACUGGAUCGCUUUUAUGAUAGCGGCCUGUUGGAUAUUUUCCUACGGCAUGCAGUUGCCUACAUUGCUGGGAGCCUGGGGGCGUUUUGGCUAUGACAGUCGUCUGCAGACCUGCUCCAUUAUGAGCGACAGACACGGUCACAGCAGCAAAACAACGUUAUUUAUCACCGCCUUCGUAAUACCUUGUCUCGUGAUCAUCGCCUGCUAUGCCAAGAUAUUCUGGGUGGUGCACAAAUCCGAGCAACGACUAAAGCGUCAUGCGAAUAAUCAAAACUCGAUACCAAAUAAUCUCCGUACGCUCCCUACAACGCCGGCGGCUUCAGCGGCCCCAUCCGUAGGUGAGGCCGGCAUCUCUGUUGCUCCUAGCGGCAAUCGUCGCGUGUCCUCAGAUAGCAGCAGCUACUCCACGGACGUGCCAGAUCCACAGCCCGGGGCUGUGGGUAAGCAGCAAACAACGCGCGUCAAGGAUCAACGGGAGGUGCGCGCGAAGCGCAACGAGUGGCGGAUUACAAAGAUGGUGCUCGCCAUUUUUCUCUCCUUCGUGAUCUGCUACCUUCCCAUUACGAUUGUAAAGGUCGCCGACAAAGACGUCGAGCAUCCUAGCCUGCACAUCUUCAGCUAUAUCAUGCUCUAUCUGUCCGCCUGCAUCAAUCCGAUAAUCUAUGUCAUCAUGAACAAGCAGUACCGCAAGGCCUACAAGACGGUUGUGCUUUGCAAGCCCUCCCAGCUGCUGCUGCCCUUCGGCAAAGCAAACGGGGCCAGCAGUGCAGCAGGUAUAGAAAUGGAAAGAUACCGGGUUGAGCAACAACCACAGCCGCACGCUUGUAUCCCAGAUGUCAGCGUGCAUGAUGACGGCGGGAUCGUCAGGGGCUGCGACAACGGGUCCAACCCCCACCCUGUGUCCAUCGAUCUCCCUAGAGCUGAUGGCAAGGAGACAGGACGAAAGCCCCAUCCCACCAUCGAGUGCGAUAGCGGCUACGCCGCAACCGCCGCCGCCCUCAGUCACGACAGCUGCGACUCCCAGCACCCAAAACCAAUCGAAAAAUUCCACCAGCAGUCGGCUAGCGCUCAAGAAGAACAAUCACUCCUACAUAAACAACGGGUUCAACAGCAACAGCAACAGCAGCAGUACCAGUCCCAACUCAGCCAACAACAGCUUGUAUCGUCCUGGAUCCGGGACGCUGAUGCAGAGCAACGGCAACUUGCCACUGCGGCGCAUCACCAUGGUGGGGGACGACAUUAUAUUGGAGGAGGAGGAGCUACCCACAACGCCCAGUCCGACGUCGACAGCCACCCCCGACAACGGAAUAACAUCGGCCCCAGCAGCAUCAGCACCAGCCCCAGCCCCAGCACCAACCACACCACCCAUCUAUAUGAACGUCGCCAUUCCGAAGAAAAGCCAAUAUUAUAGCAAAACUAUAGAUGAUACUCCAGUGAACGAUGCAUUGCAGCAGCGUCCCGACACGGCUGAGGGGGAGGUUAGCAAGGUGCCAACCAAGUUGAAAAUCCAAAAGACUAACAAAAUGCUUUAAAUCCCUAAAUAUGUAAUCUUACGGUAUGAUCGGACCAUUUUUCCCCCCCGCUAACAAUGUUAUUGUAAUUUUAUGAGACAUUGAUGCAAACGCUAUGACGGUUGCUUAUUUAGUAUUAUUCCUACUAUAGCGACAUAAAAAGACAAUAGUUCGCAGCUCCGCUUAUGUUCGAAAUUUUCUAGCCCUCUCCCAUUUUCGACAUAGUUUUAAUGUAAGGUGUUAAUUUUAUGUUUACUACUUAUUUGUAGCGUCCCCAAAAUGUUUCCACAGCUAUAGGUUAAAAGACAUCGCAACUUAGAAGUGAUUAUUAUUACAAGUAUGUUUUUUGUUUGUUUGGCCAGUUCGAAUUUUAGUUCUCAUUUAACUCAAUAGAAUAAUUGACAUUUUAUUUUAUUUAAAGUGGGAACCAGCUAAUAUACCUAGAAGGGCCAGACAAGGUCAACAUUCCGUUUAUAUAGUAUAUAUACAUAUGUACUACAUAUACAGAAAUAACUCACACUAAUACUUAUACACACCAAAUAUGAUUUGUGAAUGAGCAAAGAAAAUUGUUUAAUAACAAAUCCUCAUCACACUUUCAGCAUUCGAAUAUUAAUUUGUAUGUACAUACAAUGUAGCCAGUACUCUAUGCAUGUAUGGAUGUAUGUACAUAUUGUACAUUUUCAAUGCAUACCUACGUACUACAUAUGAAUGCAUGUCCAUGUACAAGUAUGUAUGCACUAUAAUUGUAUGUAUGUUUUGUACUGUAAAAGGUUUAAGAAAAUAAAAUGAAAUAAUAAAGAAAUAAUAUUCAAUCA